AUGUCAUCUUAUGCACGAUUAUCAAAAGCUCUUGAUGGUCUUGUCGAAUAUUUUAAUAAUGAAGAACACUAUUUACCAAAAGAUAUUCUCAAAACUGAUAAAUACAAAUUAGUAAAAAAAUUAUUAAAAUAUCAAUCUACCGAUACACAAUCGUUAAUAAAAAUGUAUUAUCAAGAAAAAGUUCACGAACAAGAUCGUGCUAAUAGUUCAAUUAUUUCAUGUAAAAAUCUAAGACCAUGUGAUUCAAAUGGUUUAAGUGAUCCAUAUGUUGAAGUACAAUUAUGUCCAAGAUUUUUAUAUCCUCAUAUUGAAAAACAACAAACAUCAGUUAUAAAAAAAAAAACUCUUAAUCCACAAUUUAAUGAAAAAUUUGAAUUUCGAUUAACAGAAAAAGAAUGUAAUUUAUCAGGUGAAAUCGUACAUUUUAUAGUAAUGGAUCAUGAUUUAAUGUGGUCAAAUGAUUUUGAAGGUGAAGCAUUUCUCGAAAUAUGGAAAAUAACUGGAAUUAAUAAUGACAAUCGAGCUAUAGAUGAAUUAAAACAAAUUGAAUUAGCAUUAACGCAUCCGAAAGUUGUACGAAGUUGUAUUAUUAAAAUAUUGGAACAACGAAUAACCGAUAAAAUAGCGAUUGACUUUGUUAGAAGACGACGUGAAAAAGAAAAUCAAUGA